GUUUCAACGGCCACUACGGUACCGAUGCUGAUACGAGUACUCGUGGCAGCGUGCUGAAUAGGCAAGCGUGUUCCCACCAUGCUUCACUGGAUAGCUCGGGCCGACUUUGCCCACUUCUCGCCAUCAGCGCUGCUAGCUAGCUAAUCGAGUGAACAUGAGCUCAUCCGACGUUGUCAACAAGGAGAGCGGAAAGAGAAAGACCAAUGAGGUCAAUCAGCCCCCAGCAAAAGUUGGUGCCAAUGAUGAUGUCGUUGUUGUUGUAGGAGGCCAGGAAUUUCAAGAAUGCAGCCAUCAUCUCCGAUAUUGCAGUAGCUACUUCAAUGGUGCAUUCCGCAGCGGCAUGAAGGAGACUCAGACCAUGAGGUUUGAAUUCCCAGAUGGAGAUCCUGAGAGUUGGAAACUGACCAUGUCAUUGCUUUCUCCAUUAUCUAAGCAGACCAUUACCAGCAGCAACAUUGAGAAGGUCCUCCCCUGGUUUGACGAGCUGUGCGUCUCCGUUGGGUUGAAAAGAUGCGAAGACUUUGUUCUUGGGCAGAUUACACCAGCAGACAAGCUUCACGACGAGUAUGGGCUCGGGGACAUGAACAAGGCAUUUCAUAGCGCCAUGAAAUGGCUUCCGCUCGCCCUCCAAUACAAUCUUCAAAACGUCAAGAGGCGAUGCUUUGAAGUACUGAGAAAAUCCUGGGAAGCCAAGCAUAGAUGGUACUUGAUUGAUGGGCCGACCUUUGACACUUUGAAAGAGCUUCUUGAGUCACAUGAUGAGCACAAGCAAGAUCUUUGGGACCUGUUGGCGGUUGUCUUGCCUAACACCAUUGCGGACAAAAAAGAACAGGAUUUCUUGCUCUCCAGUGGCAUCCUUCGAAUGUUGUUUGUGUCCGAACUCCAGAGACAGAAAACGCUUCUUAUCCUCAAUAAUUGCGCAGGGUCUCGUCCUAUGUGGAAAGUCGCAUCACAACUGAAGAACCACGGUGUCACCGGCCUUGAAAAUUGGUAGAUAUCGCUACAUUUCAUGUGGACACCGCAAGUACUUGCUUCAAUGGGCUAUAUAUCGGGGGGUUGUUGUGGCACAGCCAAUGGCAAGCUUCUGUCCAAGAGUGGUACGAUUCAACAAGAAAGGAAGUAUAGGACCUUCUGUAACUUUCUGGUUAGAACUUAAAUUAUCUUUAUGUGA